AUGACGGCCACUCGAGAGCCAAACCUUAUCUGCGAGGACUUCCUGCUCGACUUGCAAAUCUUAUGUCUGGUGAUUGGGACAACUGGUGACUGUAAUGGGAUAACUAGUGACUGUGACGACACAACUAGUGACUGUGACGACACAACUAGUGACCGUGACGACACAACUAGUGACUGUGACGACACAACUAGUGACUGUGACGACACAACUAGUGACUGUGACGACACAGCUAGUGACUGUGACGACACAACUAGUGACUGUACCGACACAACUAGUGACUGUGACGACACAACUAGUGACUGUACCGACACAACUAGUGACUGUAACGACACAACUAGUGACUGUAACGACACAACUAGUGACUGUGACGGGACGACUAGUGAUUGUGACGACACAACUAGUGACUGUGAUGACACAACUAGCGACUGUAACGACACAACUAGCGACUGUAACGACACAACUAGCGACCGUAACGACACAACUAGCGACUGUGACGACACAACUAGCGACUGUAACGACACAACUAGCGACUGUGACGGGACGACUAGUGAUUGUGACGACACAACUAGUGACUGUGAUGACACAACUAGCGACUGUAACGACACAACUAGCGACUGUGACGACACAACUAGCGACUGUGACGACACAACUAGCGACUGUAACGACACAACUAGCGACUGUAACGACACAACUAGUAACUGUGACGGGACAACUAGCGACUGUACCGGGACAUCUUCUGAGACGUCGGGCAGAAGAAAACGUGCCCGAUCAAGGCGGGCAGCGACAGUCCGCUAG